AUGUCACGCCGACGUGCUUCAGAUGUCGCUCACGAAUUCUUCCGAUCGAUAUUCGGUCGAUUCAGAAGGGAUGACACAAAACGUUCAUUGUCUACCGGUGAUUUAGCCGAUAAUAACUACAUGGAAAUGGAUUUCACCCAGCCCACUACGAGUACUUUACCGGCACACUUCGAUGACUGCGAUCUUGUUCCCAUGGACUUUUCUUCCACAUAUCGUCCUCGUCUACUACCGCAGCACGACCGUAGCGCCCAAAAGCUGGUGCGACACGGUAGCCAGUUGGAUAACAGUAUUGUAUCAAUAGCGGACUACAAUCGUGCUCAAGUGUGGUUCCAUCAAGGUAUGGACUCAGCAAAAGCCGAACGAUUAUUACGCAGUUCUGGAUGUGAGGAAGGGUCCUUCGUGAUCUCGCAACAAUCCACACAAUACGUGCUGUCGUUUGUCCAUUCCGCUACUAUUCAUCAUAUCCGCGUAGGAUAUUCCGUCAAAGAAAACGGAGAGCCGAAAUUCCGUUUAGAUAUCGAUCGAAGCUUCAAAAAUCUUCACGAUCUCGUUGCCUACUACACAAAACAUAAGGCAUUCGUCUUGCCGAUGAAGCUCAAACACGGAGUGGCUCGACCGCUACGCACAGCGCAUACGCGAACGCGAGCUUAA